AUGGCCGAUAACCCUAGAGUCUUCCUCGACAUUGCCGUCAGCUUCCGGAUGUUUGGUCGGAUAGUGAUAGAGCUCUUCGCCGACACGAACCCUUUGACGGCUGAGAACUUCCGAGCUCUCUGCACCGGAGAGAAAGGCAUAGGGGAAGCUGGUAUCCUCUCAAUGGCCAAUAAUGCUGGAAACCCUAACAGAUCUCAGUUCUUGAUCCACACGAAGGAGGCCCCGGAUUACGACGAAUUAGAAGAGCACGUCGCGUUCGGACAAGUUGUGAGUGGGUUUGAGGUGAUCAGUAUCGUUGAGAAGAUGUUCGCAAAUGAAUUUUUGAACCCUUCUGAGCCUGUAAUAAUCGCUGACUGCGGUCAGAUUUUUCCCGAGUAG